AUGGCUUCAGUCUCCCAGCUACGGUCCGGUUUACUCUCGGCUUUCAGCUCACGAGGCUUGCAAAAUGGAGAGCAACAGCUCUUUCAGGAGCUCAGGGCGCACAGGGCGCUACUCAUGAAUAUCUAUGAUGUCGGUCCACGGAAUCAACAAGAAGAGCGCGAACUCCAGUCCGGGAAGGUCCUGAUAAAUGGGAGAUCACUGGCAGUGAACGCUGACUUCUCGCGGCAAGCCAUCUUCCUCUCCCAACAAUUGGAUUGCUCCGAGCGCUACAUCGCUGAACUACUGCAGGAUGUUAUGGCUGAGAACCCAAACCUCUCUCCUGAGAGAUGCGUUGAGACUGCUGUUUUGGAGCACCACACGAGACGCCGCCAUCUAGCUGAUUGUCUACGGUAUAUAUACGAGGCUGCCGAGGCCGGACAGAACCACGAUGCGCCAAUGCUGUUCGCUCGGCUGGACGAGUUCGUUCGACAGGAGUUCCUUGCGACGCGUAGUGGACCAUCAUUGCCUAUGAAGAUAUUUCAAGAAGUUCACAAUUUAGGGAACGUGCUUGCAAAGGCGCAGACCGCUAGACAGAAUGCGAGGAGUGAUACUGUGGCGCCAACAGCACAAGGUAAUGCAGGCUCCCUGGGAGCUGACAUCCUGAAUGCUCGAUGCGAAUCGCUGAGGUACGAACGGCGUACCUUGGCAACAGCAUUGUACUGCAUAGGCCGCUUGGGCUACUUCGCACCUGACGAGAUACCGAAGCUUGUCGACUGGCUGGCCGCAAAUCCGCGUCAUCCAAUGACCCUCUACAUCCUCCCGACUGUCCUCGCAGUCUUCGAUGUCGUACACCCUGAAUCGAGUGGCGGGAAAGCUCGCCAAUUCAUUGGCACAGACAAGGAUUUCAUGUCAUUCAUGAAAAGGAAACUGGACAUCGGGACCAUGUGGAGUGAGCCCGGACUUAAGGCCACAGUCCUGCUGAAGUGGACGCUCUUCCUCGCCGAGGCACGCCGUCGCGACCCAUCGUUAGAGAACGCGGAAGGAUACAAGACGGAUGAACUGGAGGCGCAAGUCUGGAACGCGGUACAGGGCGACUGUUUCAUAUACCUCCUGCGCAUGGUUGCUCUGCUUCAAAAGAGGCAGGCUGCGAAUCCGCCGACAUCCUUCGCCUCGGGCCUGCUCGCCCAACUCGAACAAGACCCUCCAACGGAGCUGCCGGCCGAGGAUUUCAAGCCUGCAAUAUUGGAAGCAUGUGAAGCGCUCAUUCGCUCGCUGAUCACCCAGGCGUCCUCAGAGCUACGCAAAAUCAAGCAGCGUCAGGAAGACCUACUUCUUGCCGGCACUCGCCCAGAUCGUUCAAGGACGUACCGUGCAUCGCAAACUCAUGCAUCGUCUCGCUUCGUUCCUGGUGCAUCAGAAUCAGAACGACCCAAUACGCCACCUCGAAAUGACAUGGCAGUGCUGUUCUCGCUCAUUGGUCUACUAUACUCCACCUUGCCACCCGAGAGGGCGGUACACUUCUGGGGCGGCGGCAUUAUACUGAACGGUCGCCGGUCAACAUACAGUCAAUAUUCCGAGUCGAGCUCCGGGAAGCUCCCUGCGUUUUUGCAGUGGGCCGUAUGGUCGACGCAGGCGCGAGACGUCGACAUGAUGAUGGCACUCUACGACAUGCUCGGAGGUCUGGCAAAGGGCCAGCAAUGUAGCGAGCUUGCGUACAACUUCCUGGCUCGUGGAGGAGGCGAUGUCGUUCCUGGCAGUUCCGUGCCUUCAUCGGCCUCAACGCACCUGAGUACGAGCUCUGUUGUCUCAUGGGGUUCUAUCUUUGGACUGCUUGACUCUUGGGUUGUUGCUGGGUCAGGCCCUCGAACUGUCCCCGCACAGUCACAAGGGGCAGGCACGUCGCAGUCGGUGUUCACUUCCCAGACGUGGCAAGCGCCACAACCGCAGCAGCCCCUUCCGCAAUUGCCGUUCACCCCACAGGAUGUUUUGCUUGCUCAGUCAUUCCUCCGCCUGCUGGCUACCGUCGUCACACACUCCGUCAGUGUGCGCGUGACAAUCAGCGGACAUGCUCGUUUCCGUGCAAUCCCUACCUUGGUCUCUCUGAUCCCACUCGGCAUCCCGCUUGAACUGAAGGGCGCCAUAUUCGAGACGUUGGCCUCGUUCUGCGAACCCGGCGCCGGAGCGGCGGGAGUGGAGAUCUGUCGGACUGUCUGGACCCUUAUGGAGAGAAUGGAGGUCAUCAACGUACGCUAUCAUCCUGGCAUGGCUGGUACGCUUCCUCCCGUCAAGGGCGUUGAGGUCGAGCUCGACGAGGUUGAAGCCGUCUACAAGAUGUAUCCUUCUACUAUCCCCUUCCUGAAGCUGCUCAGCACCCUCAUACACACGCCCAAAAGCAUCCCACUGAGAGACCGCAUAACUGAUGCUGAGCCAGUCAACACCAUUCCAGAGACACUUGGACAGCCAUACCGGCAACCAGGAAUCAGUCCCUUCUCGUCCUUCGUUAUCGACAACGUCUUUUCGAAAAUCAACUCGCGCGAGUACCUCCGACCUGCAGAUCGAUGGCGGACGAACGACCUGUGCUUGAGUUUCAUGGAGCGAUGCUUAGCCAGAUAUGAUCUGGAGUCUCUGGUGACAAACGUGGAGGAGCUCUUACCCAAAGGCGAUGCACUGCUACAGCUAGCUACCCAUCCUGGGUACGAUAUAAUGAAGCGCAUCCUCACUCCUUCACCUCUCCAAACGAGCAUUCUGUCAUACCUCGUGGACGGCCUCGAGGGAUUUGAUAGAGGCCUUGCGGAUGAGGAGCCGUUCUUCCGUAUUACCAUGGUGCGCGUGCUGAGGAUCAUCCAUAGAGUGCUGGAAAUCCAGGACAUCUUCCUGGAUGUCCUCAUUCCACUACUUUCGGAAGCCAACGAGCCAUCCACCACCGGCGAGAUCCCCCCGGUGUCAUAUUUCAGUCGACUCGAUCAAGCUCUUUCCUACUCCCCUCCAUAUGUCCCAGCCGUGGCGGCGUACGUCGCUUACCCCGCUUAUCCAGAGCUCGUGCUCCUGAGCGUGAAGAUAUUGACAGCUCUUGCCGCCUCUACUUCGUUCUCUCAGUUAGCACUCUUGAUCGACAGAAGCGAGGAAUCGGACCGCAUUCUCGAUGGCUACCAGACAAUCAUGGACGCGGAUGUCUGGGAAGAUGUGGAGGUGGCAGAGAGUACGACAGAGCAGAAUACUGGUGCUGGCGCUCCUGAUGUCGACGAGGCUUCUGAUGCACUUACCCAGGCUGUUCGUUUGGCGGUGCUCAACCUGUUCAUUCAAAAUACUCAUUCAGAUCGUCACUAUCCCAACAUAGCCCACUUUCUGCUGUUCGGCGGAGCCACAACUGAGGAUCAGGUGCAAGAUCCACAUGCUCUCGGCGCUCGGCGCUCUUGCAUCCACUCAAUACUCGAUCUUCUAAAUGCGGGCGUACCUCGCCUCAGAGGCAAAGGACGGAGCCGCAGAGAACCAUCAUCCGCUGAACCCCUCUUUGUAACCCUUCCCGCCCUCGCUGAGCGAUGCUACCACAUUGUCUUCCUCCUAUGCCAACACCCGCGGACUUCUGAGUUCAUCAUGCGUUAUCUGCGCACUCGCGAGGACUUCUUCGCGCGACAUCUAGCUGCUAUUCCAUUCAAGGCUCCGGUCGUGCAACAAGAACCUUUCGUCGAGAUUGUUUAUAACGAUGGUUCUCGAAUCACCACGACCGUGAACAACGUCGUUGCGUUCCUGCAAGUGCGUUCUUGGAUCUUGGAUAUGGUCGCUCUAGAGCUCCACGUCCUCACGAACAAGAAUCACUACAAGAGUGUCGCCGAGUUGCUGGAACUGCUUUUUGGCAACGAAGAAGAACCCCUCGAGGACGACCCCGCGAAUUGGGAGUACAAUGCCCUCAGGGCCUUCCAUGAGGUUGGACAGUCGCAUCUCAGGAUGAUCGAGUUCCUCCAGUCCUUGGACUUCGACUGGUCUGACAGUUUGGCUGUCCAACCUGUUGAGCUCAAGUUUCUAGCGAACCUCAACCUCCAGAGCUGCCUUCGUGUGGACGAAUCUGGCUGCGAAAUUGUCGAUCGAACAGCAUUGCUUUCUCUGUUGGCCUUGGCGCGUCACACGCUGCAUACGCAGAAUCGCAUUGUGACAUCUACCCACCUGGACGAACUCAUGACAGAGACGACUUAUAUCAUGGAAAGUUGCGCCCUCGAGAAUCAUCGGCGGGCCAUACGCCAUGCAAAUGCCUGCGGUUAUGAGGCCUGGAGACGAAUCCUAGACAUGUCUCUUAUGAAGUGUUUCGAGCGGCUGCCUCACGAUCGCCGAGAGAACAUGCUCUUUGACUUGUUGCACGUCAUACCAGCAAUUCUGUGCUCAUCCAACACUCAGGAGUCUACGGCUGUACUGUUGGCCGAAUGCAUGCUGUCAACAAUCACCAAAAUGCGAGAAGACAGGUACCAUCAAGUGGUGGUGCAGUCUGCUGGUGGCGAUGUCGACGCAAGUUCACUUCCUGCUGAGCGACUGUAUGCCCUUCUGCGCAACAUACUGGAGUGCAUUAUGCACAACAGCCAUCUCGAGCUCGUCCGCGGCAACAUCUAUGCAUCACUCAUCAACUUCCUGCAUCUGAUGGUGUCGACAGAUAGGGAUCAGGACGUCGACUCAAUCGCACUGGCUCUUUCUACGUCACAUGCGGCUACCAGCAGGGACAACCUUAGUGUGAGCGAGCUUUCGACAGUAGUACCACCAGGGGGAUCCGACGAUUCGUCAACACAUGCCCAGGGCUGCUCCGCGAUACUGAAGUCUGUCAUGGACCGACUGGUGGUAACGGUCUCGCGAGAUGCCAUCGAUGGGCCCGAAGUAUGGAGGACAGUUGCCUUCAUAUUGCUAGACUCGCUAGUCCGGCUAUCCGAGACGGAGAAGCAUCCCGCUGUUCUACAAGCACUCAGUCGCCACGGAUUUCUUGCGGGCUUCGUGAGUGGAUUCAAGGAGUCGGACUUGCUAUUACAGGCGGUCUUGAAACCAGAUCCAGACGACCUGAAUGCACUCUAUGUAUAUGAAGCCAAGAUGUCACUACUGAUUCGCAUGACCAAGACGCGACAAGGAGCCGAGCGAUUGCUUGAAUCCAGAGCCAUCCCCAUCCUUGCGGACUGCGACUACCUGGAUGCCCGCCCUGAAGCCGACCAAGCAUUCAUCGACCGCGACUCUUUCCUGCCAUCAGCUAUCCAGCGCUAUCAUCAGCUAUUCCUUCCAGCAUUGCAACUUGUCCUUGGUAUGCUGGUGACGCUGGGUCACCGGCACACCACUGCAGCGAAUCAGGCUUUGCAAUUCUUAUCUGGGCAUCGAGACACCAUCGCAUUGCUGCUCAAGAACGAAUUCGACGAGCCUUCUCUGUCAGUCAUGGAAGAGAUCCGCCUCAUUAUAUCCCUAUGUAGCAAUGUUCUUCAAUUAGUGCCCAAACCGGAGCUGGUAUCGACCUCCGGCUUUGGUGGCAUCCACUCGGCCAUCCUGGGCCUUGCCUCAAGAUGUCUGAGCAAUCAGCACUGGUCGGAUCGUGUGCAACCUCAGACCGACGCGGAACUAGCGGACGCAGGGGUGACAGGGCAUGGUCUCACAUCAGAAACAAAGUUCCGCUCUGCUGUCCUCGAGCACGAUCGGCUGCUCAGGAGAGCGAUAGUCACAUAUCUCGGGACGGCAAGUGAGUUCACGGAGCCGGAUUUGACGCUCGUAUUGUCGCCAGUCGUCACGACGCCAAGACAACAGGACGAACGAUCGACGCGCUACGUCGCGACCGUGCCCACUGUGGGAGACGCGAUCGACGCCCUGAACCACCUCUGCGACGACCUCGCAAACUCCCUCAAGCAAAUCGUCGACCUGUCUGCCGAGCUCUCUGCGCGGGACUACAUCAGGGUUGACAACAUCGAGGAGAUCGUGCCUGUCUCCGACCACAUCGUCCUCGACAACCUCGACAUGCGCCAGAAGCAGACGCUGAUCAGCCGCGAGCUCGCACGCUGGCGCGCGCAAGCGACGCGUCGUGCCCGGACAACAUCGGGCUCGCUGGAGAUGCUGCUGCUGCUGCUGUGGCGCCACCUCGUGUUCUACUGCGAGGGCCACCACCUCAACAACCCGGACCUCAAGGGCGCCGUGUCGCACGCCAUGCGACUCGCGCUGUCGCCAGACGCAGAGACGUUACAAGCGGAGGCGGCGCGCAAGCUCGUGCCGAUGCUGCAGCGUCUGCAGGCGCUCGACCUGUCGGAGGAGACGCUGGGACGGGACUGGCAGUCGUACGGGAGCUACAUCGAGAUCAUGGCGCGGCGGCUGAAGGACACGGCGGGGCUGCACGACGAGCCGGCGCAGACACAAAACGGGCAGUCAUAGCUCGACCCCCGGAUUCGGGAUGUGGGGUAUGUAUUAUAGUGUGCGACAGCGGUGACAGCGAUACGGACAGAUUGUAGUCAAUAGAUAUAUAUGUGUC